AUGACGGUCGAGCACGGCGCCCGGGACGCGCGCUCGACCGCGCAUCAACCGUGGGUGGAGAAGUACCGACCGAAGACGGUGCGCGACGUGGCGAGCCAAGAGCAGGUGGUGCGGGUGCUGGAACAAGCGCUGGAGACGGGGAACAUGCCGCACUGCCUGUUCUACGGACCGCCGGGCACGGGGAAGACGACGUGCGCGUUGGCGAUCGCAAAGCAACUCUACGGACCCGAGCUGUACAAGCAGCGAGUGAAGGAAUUGAACGCCUCGGACGAGCGAGGGAUCUCGGUGGUGCGGGAUAAGGUGAAGACGUUCGCUUCGCUCGCUGUCGGGGCGCCGGCACCGGGGUAUCCGUCGCCGCCGUAUAAGAUUUUGAUUUUAGACGAGGCGGAUGCCAUGACGACGGACGCGCAGUCCGCCAUGCGAAGAAUGAUGGAGACGUACUCCAAGGUCACUCGAUUCUUUCUCUUGUGCAACUACGUGACGAAAAUCAUCGAUCCGAUCACGAGUCGGUGCGCCAAGUUUAGGUUCCAACCGCUCGCCCUGGAGACGAUGACGACUCGUUUGAAGUACAUCGCCGAGCAGGAGAGCCUGGAGUUGUCCGACGAUGUGUUCCCUGCGUGCUCCAAGCACUCGGGUGGGGACAUGCGCAAGGCGAUUACGCUCUUGCAGAGCGCUGCUCGGUUGUUUUCGGGCAAGGUGGACGCCGCGGGCAUCGUCGAGGUUGCUGGUUACAUCCCGGAUGUGAAGUUGACGACGCUCCUUGACUUGUGCAAAUCGGGGGACUUUGACAAGGCGCAGGCCCACAUGGAGGAUAUUUUGCGCGAUGGUUAUUCCGGGAUCAAAAUCAUGGACCAGUUGUCUGACAUCGUGCUGGAAGCCGAUUGCUCGGACGAGAUCAAGGGGGACAUUUUCAUGAAGAUGGGAGAGGUGGACAGGGCUUUGGCGCAAGGCGCUGACGAAGGUCUGCAGCUGGCGACCGUGGUGAGCAGCGCGAUCAAAUCCUUCGAGAAAUAUCCCGUCGCAGCUUAG